AUGUUUCUGUACCAUCUAUCCUAUUAUCUGCAUUCUCCAUUACCAUUGAGGCUUCCUGCUUCCGUCCAUCCUGAUACAAUGUUAUUGGACGAUACCAAGGAUAUCAUCUAUAUACAUGAUCUUGACAGAGAACUAGAGGAUAUUGAACAAAAGGAUAACGGUCUUGAGAUCUUUCCCGGAGUUGCUGACCGGAUGUCAACUAUCCCGAAGUUAUUGGUUGCAAAUACUACAAGCCCGUGCAAUGAGCUAGUCCUUUACACCGAGCCUACAUCAUUAUCAAUCCCUAAGGAGGAUGAUAAUGUACGAAAAGCGCUGAUAGCUACAAGGGAGCGCGCUAGAAAAAGUCGACAGGAUUUUCAUACGCAAGGUCGGGACAUCACCAAAAGCUCAGCCGCAAGCGCGACUACAAGUGGCCGCGGUACAGUAGAAGGGCCUAUUGAUGGAUGUGAAAGAUUAUCAUCAGUGGCAUAUUUGACCUGUUGUAGCAAAGCCUCUACUAUCCUUACUGCUUUCUAUUCCUUGCUUUCAAGGGACAGGUUUCUCGCUGGUAAAGUCAUGUCUGACUUUCUGAAUUACUCUACCUACCUACUCUUUACUUCUGAUAAAUAA